UGAAAGUCAGAUUUAGUGACAGUGAAAUUUCUUCGAGGAGCGAGUUGUCGGCGUUGUUUCGACCAUUUCUUGUCUUCAGGAAUAACUUUCCGAACGUGUCUCCUUAUUGAAGAUCAAGAGAAGCAACUGUGCUUCCAGCCAAGAUCCUAGGAAAAAAGAUGCCUCCAGGGACAAAGAAACGAAAGACAGAGGAUUGUUGUUUUACAAGUUGUGUUGGUGGUAGUCCAAGAUAUAUCACUAGACUUUUUCUUCGUGAGCGAAGAGCAAGUGGAAUUGAAAGCAUAGGACAGUAUUUUGGAUGCUUACCUCCUGAGAUGCUGAAUCUCUUAUUCUCUUACCUAGAUGCUCCAGCACUGUCCUCAAUAGGGGCAACUUGUCGUGUUAUGAAUUCACAUGCCAAACGUUUAUGGAAACCAUUGUGUAUGAGGCUGGCACUUGUUCACAAACCCACUGUUUUGUGUGUGGCAAAUCCUUUGAGUGAGGAAUCAAUAUUUUCAUAUGAUAAAGCUGUUGAACUUUGCACAGGUGAAAAGCGCUGGGAAGUAAUGGCAGCAAGGAGCUGGUUAUACUCAAAAUGGCGCUGUGUGGUGUGUUAUCGGAACUGUUCUCAUCGGGUAGAUGUUCAUUUUGAUGUGACGCUCUGUGACAGCUGUCACCCUUUGUUUUACAGACGUAAAUGCCAUGCCAAGGAGCAAUUUAGUCUCACUGAGAGAGAUCUUAGGACGAUUGACAAUGACUCUUAUGAGUUCCUAGUAUCAGAUCUUGUUACUCUUGCGAGAAGGAAAUAUGGAAGUAGAGAAGCACUGCAAGACAGACUUAAUCACAAACAACGGCAGAAGAACAUGAGGGAAGCAGAGAAACAAUGUGCUUUGGUUCAGCGAGAGAGGGAGGUUUUACGAGCCCUUGAAAGUAUGAACAGCUCCUAUAGUGAUAUAGAAACUGUUGAUGCAAGGUGCAUGCCAUAUGUUAGUACUCCUGCAAGUUACCAGUAUGCUCCACAACAAUCAGCGGAGGAUGCUGCAAAGUGGUUGAUUGGAUGGAAGAAUAGGCAGGAGACAAGGCAGAAGCUGCUAAUGGCAGAAAUCGAGGCACGGUCAUCUCGGUGUAAGGGGUGUAGAGCUCGCUACGAUUACAGAUCUCUCUCCAGGUUACCAUCAGCCAUCAAGUGCACUCAUGUCCUGGAAGAAAAUGCCACGAAGUUGAUGGAAACUAUUAAGGAACAUUUCAACCAUGACAUACUUCACUACACACGACAUGGACAACUGAAUAUGGAGACUGGAGUCUAUGAUAUGGAGCACCGAUCAGCACAGGAACUGUUCUUGCGAAAUGAAAGGAGAACAAAACUGAUGGAGGAAUUAGAGAUCAGGAAAACAGAGUGGCCUUCCAUUUUGAAUGGACAAAAAAAUGCCAUGAGCUGCACUUAUGCCCAGGACUUCAUUUACAAAGGUGUGGCCAUACUUGACAACGACGGAAACAAGUGUCGUCUGCGUAAUGCUAAGGAUGUGGCCAGGGUGAUAUUAGCGAAGGCAUGUGGUUGGAAUUCAAGAAAUAAAGAAGUAAUGAGUGAAUUGGAAAAGAAAGGAUUUUUUCCACCAUUUGAUAGCCUCAAACUGGAGAGUCAUCUUUUGAUGGAUGAUUUUGUUGAGAGCAGUGUUGUGGUUCAUGGCGACAAUAUCAUUGCUUGUUCUUCAACUGAGGUAGCAGAUAGAAUAGCUGUGAUUGAGGGCUUGGAAGAGGAACAGAAAUCAUCUGCUGCGCAGAGAUGUGCAAGGAUUUACGCUGAAUGCAACAGGAAACCAGACAUCACUGCUCUAAGACAAUUGCGGAAAAACAGUCUUGUCAAAAGCUUGAAUGUAAAGUCUUUUUCUGAAUGUGGGCCCAGCUCUGAUCGCCGGUGGUCUCCUGCCCAUGAGUUCAUCAACUGUGGAACAACUACGUCACUUUUUGGUUACAAGGUGACCACGCCUGAGGCAGUUUCAUCUUUGAUAAGGCUCAAACAAGAAAUCCACGCUCAAACGAAGAUGCUUUAGAAUCUAUAGUAAUGUAAUGUCAAUAGUGAUUUUUGUAUAAAAUGGUCAGUAUGCUAUUUUGUUGGUGAAAGGUGAAAGUUAGUUAAUUUUCCAGCCUUAGGGUGAUAUCCAAAGUAUGGAUGUUAUAACCAUGUAUCAUUGUUCCUACAAGUAGUUUCAGAAUAGUAAAAUUUACAACUACUUCCUUUGGUGUAAACAACAACGCAUCAAAUAUCAAGACUUGAGCUUAGAUUGUAAUAAUAUAAGGUAAAAAAUUUAGCUCCAUUAUGUCAAUCUGCAGUAAAUUCAAGUAUUAACAUAUCUUAAAUCUAAAAAUGUCAGCAGUGUUCUGGCAGAGAAAAAAUCUUCUAUUGAUUGUGUCCUGAUUCCAAUUUUCAAAUUGUGCGAACUACAGUUAUUAUCACACUAUUAGAAAUGUACAUGGUUCACGUUCAGGUUAAUGAGAGGGUGCGAUCCUCUUUUAUUAAUAAUAAUUAUUAUCUAUUAGUUUACUUGGGGCAUGAUGGUCAUGUAAUAUUUUAUGAAGGCUAUUUGCAUUUGUGCAAUUGAAGUGCUGAUAAAAUUUAUUAUGCAAGACUUUUUUUGGCCUCUUUUUUUCUCAGAUCUUCCAAACCAAAAUUUACAUGAUUACACUGUAACUGCUUGUAUUGAAUAUGCGACUUUCUAGAGGUAAUCUUCUGUCCUGCAUCAAAAAAACAAAAUUAAUCUUACCAAGAAGUACAUGUAACAAUGAUCAACUGGAAAAAACUGAUUACAAAAUUUAUCCAAUUUUGGAAAGAACUGAACUUCCAUGUUAUGCUGUUGUUUUGCAUUUAAUAAUUAUGCAAUUGAAUAUAUAAUUGUUUUGGAUUUU